AUGGCGACCAACAGAGACGAAGCUCUAUCCUUCAUAAAUCCAUCAACAUCGUUCCCAAUCGCGGUCUUGGACGUAGACAACUAUCUUCUAGAUAAUUCCCAGAUUGGAAGCUUCCAGAACGAGGGUUUUCUCGGUGGCCUUGACGGCGGGGGUAACUGCAGCGACGCGGAGUUCGGGUUCUCUCUGGCAGAUUUCCGGCAAAGCCCUCUGGUUGGGACCGUUGAGUACUACGAUCGCCAUAACCAAGUUAAGUCGGAGUAA